CACCCAUUACUGACUCUACAGGUACAAUAAACACAGUUGACACAGUGUUGCAACACGUAUAACACUGCCUCAUAACACAGGGAGCUAUUUAAGGUCACACCGCUUGAUCUCGUCAAGUUGCAGCUGGCUGCUCAAGGACAACAUAGAUUCUGUCCACCCUGGUCGAAAGUACCUCAGCCGGAGACUAUGGAACAAGUAAAGUAUGGCGAAGAUUACAAAACAGACUUUCAGCCGGAAGAGUAUCUACAGAUGUACUACAGUACGCUGAAAGGUGCACCGGCUGAGGGAGACAUGCUGGAGGCGUCCAUGCUGUUCUGGCAUGAAGCAUUCAAUCAAGGUCACAUGACAGGCCGCCGACUGCUCGACAUCGGAACAGGCCCUACAAUCCACUCUGUAAUCAGCGCCUCCAACUACUGCGACACCGUCUACCUGUCCGACUUCGCCCCCCAGAACAGGGAAACGUUGAGGAAAUGGCUGGAUGGGAGUCUGCAGCACAGCUUCAAGAGUUUCUUCCAGUUUGUGGUGGACAAGGAAGGGAAAGGGGAACUUCCGAAUGACCGAGAAGCUAUGUUAAAAGAUAAAGUUGUGGGAAUCUUUCCUCUUGACCUUCUGCAGGCUGAGCCUCUGAUGCCAUCACUGUUUCCUCCCUUUGAUAUCAUCAAUUCGUCACUGUGUUUAGAGGCUGCGGCUCAAGAUCUCGCUAGCUACGAGAACAUGGUGAGACGUAUGGGGAGACUUCUGAAAGAUGGGGGUCAUGUAGUUCUCUUUGGAGUUCUUGGUGAAUCAUUCUACCGUGUGGGAAGCCAUUCAUUUUCCUGCCUCAAGAUCAGCGCAGAGCAGGUCCAGGAUAUCUGGAAACGAUCCGGAUUCACAAUUGUUGAAUGGAAGCAAAAAGCGACUGAUGCUCAAUGUGAUGGUUCAGUGUCAAAUUUUGAAGGUUUUUUCCUGAUGGUGGCACAGAAGAGUCGUUAAAACUCCUCCAGGUAUGAAUGGGGGCUAUCAGGAAACACUCUGCUAACUUACGUCUUAGCACCUAGUUUUAUUAAGUAUUAUGCCAUGAAGUUGCAGGAUGAUCCAAUUUGACUGAUUACUUAUAUCAAAUAUACGGCAAUAACCUCUUCACACAGUAUCACUGCACUGAAUACACGCGCAAGAAAAAGAGUCCGUAUUCAGAAAUGCUUUUAAGUCUGGGAGAAUGGUGAUAAACCUGUUCUGUUCUACAUUUUAAGCGGUUCAUCGCUGAAUAAAUGUAAAUGUAACAAUUAGAGAUCUUUAUUCAACGAUGAACCACCUUAAAAGCUGGAAUAGAACAGGUCUGUCUCCUAACUAAUGAGGUCCGCUGAAGCAGUGGAAAUGUUAUUCUCCUGUUAUAAGAGCUGCUGGAAACUUUUCUGUGGACCGAAUUCAGUAAUGAGCGCUGGACAGGGGUAUCUCUUUCUUACGUGAACGUGCGGUUGCAUAUUUAACCAGAAUUUUAAGCACCACUUUGACGAUGUAAUUGUUCUGUCGGAUUAAAAUGGGAUCGAAUAUCACUUGUGGUGUGUCACACUGUGAUUUACACUGCAU